AUGGCUGUACCUUCGAAACCUGUCAAUGACAAUUCUGCGGUCGAGCGUCAUAACUCGAUCGAAACAGAAACACCCCCUGCUGAUGGCUUUGUCCCUGAGCAGACCGAUGUGGAGAAUCAUGUCGAUGAUAUCUCGUCGAAGAUCUUGGAUAUCAUCUUUGACUAUGCAUUGAACAAGUUUAAUGAUAGCAAGGAGAGACUUGAGUCUGGAAGACCCAAGUUCUUGGCUGUUGUGAGCAAGUUCGUUGCUGCUGGCACCCGGGUCGACAUGUGUCUUCCUGCUUUCCCUUUCAAGUCGGCAAACAAGGCUUACAAGGUGUUUGGCAUUCUGCCUGAUAAGGCUGAAGAGCUUUCCCUUGGACGUCUCAACACCAUGUGUGUCCGUAUUAGCGAGAUAUAUCCGCCAGGAGCGCAAUGCAUUAUUAUCUCCGAUGGCAUCGUCUACAACGACCUGUUGAGUAUCUCAGACCGUGACACCUGGGCGUAUGGUCAAGCUCUUCGCAAGAUGGCCUCGGCCAAGGACUUCAAGCACAUCGGAUUCUCCAGAAUCAAGGACUUGAUUGACUUUCCUAUGCCACCGGAUCUGAGGGAAAUUGCAUAUGUCGCCAAUUGUACCAACUUCCGUCGAGCCUUUCUCAACCGCUUCGGUAAAGACGACAUUGACAUUGACAAGGAGAUCAAGGACAACCCUGAUACCAUGAUGACAUACCUUGGGUAUCGUCGGUUUCUAGAGUCCGAUCUUAAGCACAUAUUUCCUGUUGGCAAUGGCCGAACAGCCAAUGACUACAGGAGAGAUGUCCGAUAUCUUGCCAAGCAGAUGCUCAUUCGAGGCUAUGCUUUUGCUGGCGCUGUCAAGAAUGGUUUUCCCAACCACUUGCGACUGUCUAUCCACCAUUCCACCGGUGAACACAAGAUUUCCAUGAGUCUUCUCGACACCAAGACAGGUUUUACCACCCCUUGGCACUGCUGUGUUGCUCGCAUGGCAAAUGGUGAAUGGACCAGUGCUCCAAUGGGAGAGUACCUGAAAGACUCCAACAUGAAAGUUGUUCAUGAAAAUGGCCGUCCUAGCUAUUUCCAAGAGACAAUCGACGGGGCCGGUAUCGAAGAGGUCUCGGCUGCUCAGCCUGUUCAUAUGCCUCGAAUAAAGUCUCGCGAUACUUCACCAGACACCAAGUCUACAAUUCUGUCACCCUUCACUGGUGAGGAAGAAGAGCGCCUCAAGGUCCUCGCCAAGUCUAUUUCUACCCAGCUCAAGCAACAGGAUAACAAGCCCAUCAACCCAUUCUCUACCUCUGAGAACCCAGCUCUUGAUCCCCACUCGAGCGAAUUUAGCAUUGCAGCCUGGCUGCAAGCUGUCAUGAGCAUCACAUCUCGUGAUCCUGAGAAGUACCCACGAGGUGUUGCUGGAGUGGCUUACAAGGAUCUCUCUGCACACGGAGUUGGCGAGGCUACGGACUACCAAAAGACAUUUGGCAACUAUCCUCUGGAGCUGGUCAAGUUCGCGAAAAAGCUGAUGAGUCAGGGUGAAUCUGCCAAGAUUCAAAUCCUGAGGGACUUUGACGGUUUGAUCAGGAGCGGAGAGAUGCUUCUGGUGCUUGGACGACCAGGAAGUGGCUGCUCAACAUUCCUAAAGACCAUUUCUGGAGAGACUAGUGGUUUCAAGAUUGGGGAGGAGUCCUACCUGAACUAUCAAGGCAUCCCUAAGGAGACCAUGCACAAGGACUUCAGAGGGGAAUGUAUCUACCAAGCAGAAACUGAUGCUCAUUUCCCUCAGUUGACCGUAGGGCAAACCUUGGAUUUUGCUGGUAGGGCAAGGACAUACGUGACACAUCUUCGUGAUGUCGUGAUGGCGGCUUUCGACUGUUUCCAAUUAACCUCUCCCAAGGUGGGCAACGACUUCGUUCGCGGGGUUUCCGGCGGUGAGCGUAAGCGGGUUAGUAUCGCUGAAGUAGCAAUCGGAGGUAGCGCCGUGCAGUGCUGGGACAACAGCACUCGAGGUCUCGACAGCGCCACCGCUCUCGAAUUCGUACGGACAUUACGAACCUCGACAAAGUUGACUGGAGCAACCGCUCUUGUCAGUGUUUAUCAGGCCUCACAGUCCAUAUACAAUGUUUUUGACAAGGUUUCUCUACUCUACGAGGGUCGUCAGAUCUACUUUGGCAACAUUCACGCAGCAAAGGAAUUCUUCAUCAACAUGGGCUUUGAAUGUGCGCCACGACAGGUAACUGCUGACUUUCUUACCUCUCUUACUAACCCACUGGAGCGGAGGGUUCGACCUGGGUUCCAAGCAGCAUGGAAGCGGAGCAAGGAUCGAGAUCGUCUGUUGCAGGAGAUCGAUGAAUUCAACAAAGAGUACCCUAUCGGUGGUCCGUCUCUGGAUAGCUUCAAGAAAUUCCGCAAGACCGUCAAGGCAACAUCACAGCGCGCCAAGUCUCCCUACAACCUCUCCAUUCCGCAGCAAGUCGCACUCUGCGUCCGACGAGGCUUCCAGUCGCUGAGAUCCAACGCUACCCUGGUCAUCAUAGGGUCUCUGUUUAACUCAAUUAUGGCGCUGGUCGUUGGUAGCAUUUUCUACGACCUACCCAACACUACCGACGCAUUGUACAGUCGUGGAGCACUACUUUUCUUUGGUAUUCUUCUCGCAGCAUUUGCUAGCGCUCUUGAGGUCGGCAUUAUCAUGACUUUAUAUGCGCAACGCCCUAUUGUAGAGAAGCAUACCAAGUAUGCCUUCUAUCAUCCAUUCACUGAAGCUGUUGCCUCAAUGAUAUGUGACCUUCCCAACAAAAUUCUCACAUCAAUCACCUUCAAUCUGGUGCUUUACUUCAUGACGAACCUGAGACGUACUCCCGGUCACUUCUUUGUUUUCCUGCUUUUCACGUUCACCUGCACCUUGACCAUGUCGAUGUACUUCCGGAGUAUUGGCGCUCUGUCCCGUUCCCUUCCCGAGGCUCUCGCUCCUGCAUCCAUCUUUAGUCUCGCCUUGGCGAUCUACACUGGAUUCUCGAUCCCCAUCAAGGAUAUGGUUCCAUGGUUCCAAUGGCUCAACUACCUCAAUUUCCACGGUCGCACUAUCGAAUGCUCCAGGUUCGUACCCCAAGGCCCAACAUAUGAACGCGUCUCUUCAGGUGAGCGGAUCUGUGCAACGACAGGAGCUGCUGCAGGUGCCGAUUUUGUUGAUGGUGACGUGUACCUUGACGUCAACUUCGGGUAUCAUCAUAGCCAUCUAUGGAGGAACUUUGGCAUUAUGAUUGCAUUGAUGCUCUUCGGUUGUGCAGUAUACUUGGUCGCCACUGAGUACAUAUCUGCCAAGAGGCCCAAGGGUGAGGUGCUGGUCUUCCGCCGGUCUCAUAUGCCUUACUUGCAGUCAAGGAUGGAUGAAGAAGCAGCUUCUUCUGGCAAUGGCUUUGAUAUCCUGCCCAAUCAUAAGACAGCUCUUGAUCCUCCCGUUGGCCUUGAGAAGCAGACUGCCAUCUUCCAAUGGAGCGAUGUAACGUAUGAUAUCAAGGUGAAGAAAGAGACCCGAAGACUACUUCAUCAGGUUGAUGGCUGGGUUCAGCCUGGGACUUUGACUGCUCUCAUGGGCAUCACAGGUGCUGGCAAGACUACAUUACUCGAUGUACUUGCUAAUCGCACCAGUGUCGGGAUUGUCGAUGGAGAGUUUCUUGUCAACGGCCAAGCAAGGGAUACAGGAUUCCAGCGCAAGACUGGAUACGUCCAACAACAAGAUCUUCACCUCUCAACAACAACAGUCAGGGAGGCCUUGACAUUCAGUGCUCUCCUUCGACAGCCACGCACUACCUCGCGUAAGGACAAGUUACAGUAUGUGGAACAUGUCAUCGACACUCUUGAGAUGAGGUCCUAUGCAGAUGCCAUCGUCGGUAUACCUGGUGAAGGUCUCAACAUCGAACAGAGGAAGCGACUAACGAUUGGUGUCGAGCUCGCUGCUAAGCCUGCUUUGCUUCUAUUCCUGGAUGAGCCCACUUCAGGUCUUGAUAGUCAGACGGCUUGGUCAAUCUGUCAACUCCUUCGCAGGCUUGCGGACAAUGGCCAGGCUAUUCUGUGCACAAUCCACCAACCAUCCGCUCAUCUCUUCCAGGUCUUUGAUCGCCUCCUCUUCCUUGCCAUGGGAGGCAGAACAAUGUACUUCGGCGACAUUGGCCCUCACUCGAAAACAAUGACAAGCUACUUUGAGCGUAAUGGAGCUCGUACUUGCGGACCUGAUGAAAACCCUGCAGAGUGGAUGCUGGAAAUUACCGGAUCCCUCAGUGAACAGGACUGGCCGGCAAUCUGGAAUGAGUCCCCAGAACGCAAGGCAGUCAGAGCAGAGCUCGCUACGAAGAAGGCAGAACUCUCUCAGCGAGCAAUCGCUAUCACAGUCCCAAGCGACGUCGAUGUCCUACGUCCAUUUGCAGCACCCUUCACAACGCAACUUCAUGUCGUUUUGAAACGGGUAUUCCAGCAAUACUGGCGCACUCCUUCAUACCUCUACUCUAAGGUUGCGCUUUGUUUGUCCAGUAAUCAGAUGUAUGCCAUUUUUAUGCUACUUGUCAUCUUUGCCAAUGUCUGCUCGCAGAUCAUGCCACAUUAUGAUGCUCAGCGGGCCCUUUACCAGUCUCGGGAAAGCCCAUCCAAGACUUAUUCAUGGCAGGUAUUUGUACUCUCCAAUUUGCUCGUUGAGAUCCCUUGGAACUCUCUAUCGGCGCUUCUCAUCUUCGUAUCCUGGUACUAUCCCAUUGGGCUUCGACACAAUGCUUUGGAGGUAAAUGAGGGCCCAGAAAGAGAGGCUCUUAUGUUUUUGUUUAUUCUCGCCUUCAUGAAUUUUGCUGGAACGUUUACAAAUAUGGUUUUGUCUGCUGUCGGUUCUGCUGAGGCUGCUGGCAACUUGACUAACCUACUACAUUCUCUAUCUUUGAUCUUCUGCGGAAUCCUCGUGUCACCCGACGCUAUGCCUGGGUUCUGGAUCUUCAUGUACAGGGUGUCACCAUUCACCUACUUCUUCUCUGGCGUUCUUUCCGUCGGUCUCGGCAACUCACACAUCUCCUGUUCCACAGAGGAGUAUUUGCAUUUCUCUCCGCCACCUUCUAUGAACUGCUCUGCUUAUCUGGAACCUUACAUCGAAGCGUUCGAUGGCUACCUUACAUCAGAAAGCAUGGGAUCAACUACGGAGUGUGUUUUCUGCAGUGGGAACGACACAAAUAUUUUCCUUGAAACGGUGAGUGCAAACUACGACGACCGUUGGAGGAACUUUGGUAUUUUCUGGGUGUACAUCAUUUUCAACAUGGCAGCAGCACCUUUGCUGUUCUGGCUCACCAAAGUGCCGAAGGACAAGAUGAGCAUUGGGAAGAAAGGAAAGGGUCCGGAAGUUAAGAGUGACAACGUGAGUGCGGAAUGA